AUUUUGUCAUAGGAAAAGAAAAACAAGGAAACGGAAUCAAAUCCUACAGGAAACAGAACCACAUGAACCCCCGGUAAUACGUCUUUGGGAUGUUUCACGGGAAAAUACAUGAAGAAACUUUGAGGUUAUGGUUAUGUGUACUACUUGACCAGAGGGAAGAGAAGGAAGAGAGAGAGUACAGAUGCAUUAGAAUUUCAAAUGGAUUUUAUAUGAGGUCAGAGCUCAUGAUUAGAGUGCGUUUGGUUUUGCUUUGCUUUUAGAAAAAGCAGUUUUUUUGCUUUUAGAAGAAGCAGAAAAGUUGCUUUGCUUUUUUCUCUCUAAAUAAUCACAAAGCUUGUUUGGUACAAUUGAUUUGUUUUUGCAGUGCCUUUGUCUUCCCCGUUGGUCUCGAGCACCGCCGCCCUCCCGCUCACCAGCUCCGCCGCUAGCGCUCGCUGCUUCGCGUCCCCGCUCGGGCUGAGGCUGGGGCUAGGGCUCGCGGCGGCUCCCAUCUCCACCAUUUCCUAAAACCCGCCCACAAGCAGACAGAGGGAACGGGCUUCGCGGCGGCUCCCAUCUCCGGCGACACGCGCAUGGCGGCGAAGGUGUGCACGGGGUCAGUGGACCUUGGAUCGGUGGGCUCCCAUCCCCGGCGAGGCGCGCAGGGGUAGAUCGAAGGAGGGGCAAGGCGGGGAGGGGCUGUAGGGGAGGAGGUGUGCCGUGCGAGGGGAGGAGGAGGGGCAGCUUCCAUCUCCGGCGGUGCGCGCAAGGCGGAUCGGAGGAGGAGCUUGGCGGGCAGGAGGUGGAGAGCGCUGCCGCCGCCUCCCAUCUCCGGCGGCGCACGCAUGGCGGAUUGGAGGAGGGGCAGGGCGGGAGGAGCUGUAGGAGAGGAGGUGCGCGGGGAGGAGGAGGGGCAACCGGAGAGCGCUGCCACCAGGGUCGGGCUCGUGUCGGCGAGGAGGUGCACAGGGCGGUGGCCGAAGAUGGCGCAAGGAGGAAGGCAGAGAGGAGAGAGAGGUGAGGUCGGCUGGAAGAACAUAACAGCGAACCGGUGCAACUUAUCAAUUGCAGUGGCUAAGUAACCUGAAAACUGGCAAAACAAACCAACCAAAAAUACGUCCGGACCUACUUUAAGAAUCGCAUUAGAAAAACAGUUUGCUUUUGUGUUUUUUCUUCAGAAAAUAUCUCUUUGGUUUGCUUUUCGGAAGAAAAACUGUAAAGCAAGCUAACCAAAGGCAUCCUUGGUCCUCCUCAAAAUUUGUAGGGAAAACUCAAAAUUUGUAUGGGAAAAAUAGGUGUCAUUUAAUUGUGAAAACCUUUUCCCGCUCGCUCCUUAUUUCCGCUCCCCCAAUUCAAAACCCCACCGGCGGCCGGAGCCGAACACUCAGAAGAAAAACAGAUCCCUCUCUUCCCCCAAAAAACACCGAAAGAUGGCUGCGGAUCCGAGCGGCCGUCGGCCGCGGUACCACACGGCGGUGAACGACGUGUUCACGACGCUCGUCGGCGCCAGCAACGCCCUCUCCGACGUCCAGCGCCGCCUCGACCUCGAGUUCCGCUCCUCCUACCCCGACCACGCGAACCCCGUGAAGCUGGUGGGGCGUGUGAAGCGUGUGCAGGAGGAGGUGGCAGCGCUCAAGGCCCUCUGCCGCGACCUCCUCGCCCAGAAGCAGGAGCUAGUCGACAUGAUGCGGACGAGCCUGGCGGCGCAGCGGGGCGCGACGCAGCGGCUGCUCGCCGCCUCCGGGCUACCCCUCAUGACCGAAGAUGACGAGGCCGCCUACGCCAACCUCAACCAGGUGAUCGACGAGUGGACUGCUCAGCUGAGGCCGAUCAGCGUGGAUGAGGAAGACGAAGACACCAACCAGAUCCUCGUCAACGCAAUCGUUUGAAGCUACCAAGACCUCCUUACAGUGCGCUUCUAUUGCGAUGAGUCGAGUCCUUUUCAAUUUUGUGUGACGAGCUUGUAAUCAGGCAAUGCAAAGUGCGACUGAGAAACUCAGGCCAGGUUGAUUUGGGAUGGUGUUCCUGUUCUGCGCAUCAAAUUUCUCAUCGAUCCAAUGUUUGCAGUAGCUGAUUAGCUGCGGGACAAGAAAAAUUUGGUGCAAGUUGGUAUCCAAUGUUUGUUGCAUCAUUCACCACGACAACAAGCUACACACAAUAAGAUUUUGAAGCCAGCAUUACUUGUUUCAUUUAUUUCUUUUGUUAAUUUUUGAGUGAACUAGUAGAGCAUGAAACAUGUCAACUAGUAUUUGUUUUAAGUGCAGUGCUUUUUAUAUUCUUGGAAAUUAUAACAGUGUGAAUCCUAAAGCUA